ACUAAAUCUGGGCCUGGCGUUGUCUCUUCCCCGAAAAAAUUAGCAAUAAGAACUGGCGCAUCCAAUAAAUUCGAAAUGACUAUUCAGACAUCUGAUCAAGGACCCAAGAAAAAUUGUUGCCCAUACUGCAACAAACUGCAGAGCAAAUUUGCACGUCACAUCGUAGAUAUGCAUAGUGAUAAGCCCGACGUUCUUGAGUUGUCAAAGUUAUCCAAAGGUUCAAAAGAAAGAAAACUACGGAUCGACGCAAUAAAAAAAAUUGGAAACUCCGAGCAUAAUUCUAAUCCUAAACUGAACAAGAAUCUAAUCAUCCCCAGUCGACGGUCGAACGCUAAAUAUAAUCGGAAGGCUUCGGACCUCGAUGUGUGCUAUGAAUGUUUGGGAACGUAUUUUAAGAAGUCGAUAGCAAAGCAUGUAUGUUCACGGAAGGUUAUCAAGGGCGACCGUUCUUCAGCUCAGUUGAAUAGAUUGGUUGCAGGGCGUAUACACGAGAGAGCUUCUGCAUCUUUGCAUGAUAUAACGUCGGUCAUGUUGGACGAUGAUAUUGCGAAUACGGCCAAAUACGACUGCCUAUUGGUGGUUUAUGGCAACGAAUUGUGUGAACAGUUUGGGUACGAGCCGCACCAUAAAAUUGUUCGAGAUCGACUGAGAAUGCUUAGCAGACUGCUGGUUCAAUUAAAACGAAUCGAACCAGACAUUACCGACUUUGCUUCACUCUAUCAUCCGAAGUACUGUGAUGUAGUCUUAGAAGCAAUUCGCGAAGAUUCAGGAUUUCGCUCAUCCGACAGACAGUUUCAAAAGCCAUGGAAUGCCACAAAAUCGGUCACGGAAGUAAAACGUGUUGGGAGAGUUUUGUCUGAAGAGUGUAUUUCUAAGCAAAACAAGGAAUUGAAAGAGCAGACGAAUGACUUCCUGGCUUUGUUUCAAUCGAGGGCUGCCAUAAGGGUAAACAAGUUGGCGAGAACUACAAUAAUCACCAGAAUCAGAAACAAGGAAGAAGAUCUACCAACCGAUGACGACAUUCAGCAUUUCCAACGCUUCCUCGACAAAAAACGAAAACAACAUUUCGAUGACUUGAAGAACGAGUACACAUUCGCCAAAUGGAUUAAUCUCUCCGAAGUCACGAUGGUGUCGCUGAUACUUUUUAAUCGUCGUAGAGUGGGAGAGUUAGAAAAUGCACUAACGUCAGAGUACACCAAGAGACGACGAGUCACAAACAAGAAUGACCAAUUGUUUCGGGCAUUAACUGCUGAAGGAAAGGAACGAGUCGAACGCUACAGCAGAAUGAAUGUAAGAGGUAAACUUGAAAAUAGAGCGCCAAUUAUGCUUGAUCCCGAAUUGGAAGAGUGCGUCGAUAUUAUUUUGUAUUAUCGAGACAAAGCAGGAGUUCCGAAGGAAAACGAUUUAUUGUUCGCACUUCCUGCAAUCAACAACCGUAAGAAAAGUCACUUAAUGGGCAGUAGUACGGUGGCAAAGCUCUCCGUUCAAUGUGAAGCUGAUAACCCGAAAACAUUAAGAGGAACCAAAUUCCGAAAACACUUUGCUACAUUUUGCGCGACGAAAGAACUGAAUGACAACAUUCUCACCGACGUUGCUAAAUAUUUGGGUCACAGUCUGUUGAUACAUAAAGAAAUAUACCGAGGCAAUGACCUAAACCGAGAAGUUGCGCGAAUGUCAGCAUUAUUUGAAGAAGCUUCUGGUCACAACGAAAUGCAUUCCGAAAAUAUCGUCAACUCCACUCAAGUCGAUAAUGAGUAUACUGUUGGUCAUGCCGAAAUAAAUUCUGGCGGCUCUACCUGGCGACGAACUCGAUAA